AUGAGGAGUCAACGACAACGGAGUUGUCCUCGUUGUUUUUCUGCACAUAUUAUGGAUUUAUUGCGGCAAGCUUCAUCAAAAGAUAUGACUAUGGGAGAUUAUAUUGACUAUGAACAGAAAUUAAGCGAAGAACGAAACAGACAAACUGAAUUGGAUGAUGAUCUAACGGCACAUGCCUUACAACUGUCUCUUGACGAUCAACAAGAUGCUGAACAACGCUUAUUGUUACGUUUCGAUGCAGAAAGUAAUAACCAACAAUAUCCAUCAAAUGAUGUCACUAAUGUUGUUGAAGAACAAAAAGAACAAGAAGGCAAAAAACAACACGAUGAAUUCGAUCUCGAAUUAUGGAAUAUCCAAACGUAUGAGCCACCAAACAAUAUCAACCAACAGCAAGUCCCAUCAAAUGAUACCACUGUCGUCGAACAAAAUUUAAUAAAGGAACAAAAUAAACACGUUCAAUCAAAUGAUGAUGAUGAGCUAUUGGCUAGAGCUUUACAUUUAUGCCCCGAACAACAACAUGAUGAUGAUGAGCUAUUGGCUAGAGCUUUACAUUUAUGCCCCGAACAACAACAUGAUGAUGAUGAGCUAUUGGCUAGAGCUUUACAUUUAUGCCCCGAACAACAACAUGAUGAUGAUGAGCUAUUGGCUAGAGCUUUACAUUUAUGCCCCGAACAACAACAUGAUGAUCAUUUAUUAGCUUUUGCAUUACAGGCCAUAGAAAAUGAAUAA